AAGAUUCUCUACGUUUCUCAAUUUCUAUUUUUCUUUUGUCUUUUUCUUUUAUAAUGGGAUUUCUUGUCCUUUCGUUUUGUUUUUGAGUCCAUCUCUCUUCUUCUCCUUCUUCCAUGAAAACAGACUUUACUAAAAGCUCCAACUUUUGCUCAAUGGGAUGAAGUUUAUGUGGUUCUCAAUAUGAAAUGCACACAGAACAAGUGUGCUUGAAUUUUUCGGAUUCUUUUUGGUGGUUCAUGAUAAAGUUUGUUUUUUUUUUUUGCCCCCUUCUCAAUGCUUCAAGCAUCUUUAUAUUGUAUUGACUGCUUGAUUUUUCCGAGUAGAAGGAAAUUGCAUAAAGAGAAAGCUUUUUAACAGAACUAGAAAGUAGUACACAUAGAGGCUAAUGGUAUAUUCAGAUUCUUCUUUUCAGUUUCCAUGGUGGAAAAGCAAUGAAAAGGUAAUUAAUGCAAAGUGAUAAGCUUUCUAGGAAAAUGGAAAAUGGAGAAGAAGUGUGUUUACAUUGAGUGGUUGUGAUUUCUGUAACUUCCUUUAAAGCUUAGCUCAAGAAAAAAGCAAGUGGAGAGGAUAGCAAGGUAAAGUAUGCCAACAGUGUGGUUCUCUUUGAAGAAAUCUCUACACUGCCAAUCAGAGCCAUCAGAAGUUCAUGACCCAAAAUCAAGGAAGCAGUUGAGCACAAUUUUGACAAGAAAAGCAGGCAGGUCCGGGUGUUCAAGGUCCAUAGCUAAUCUCAAAGAUGUCAUCCAUGGAAGCAAAAGGCACACAGAGAAGCCACCAAGUUGCAGCCCAAGAUCCAUAGGAAGCAGUGAGUUCCUUAACCCAAUAACCCAUGAAGUUAUUUUGAGUAACUCAAGGUGUGAGCUCAAAAUCACUGGUUUUGGCGGGUUCCAAGAAGGGAUUGGUAAUGCUGCUAAUAAUGCUAGUAAUGGUACUGGUGCUGGCAACCAUGGUGGUGUUGAUUCAACUUUUGUGGGUACCUUAAGGCCUGGUACACCUGGACCUGGAGGGCACCCAACAAUGCACUACUUCAAUCCUUCAUUUAGAAGCUCAGCUACUCCUCCAAGAAAGUCUCCAUUUCUUUUAUCUGAAAGGGAAGUGUCUGGAUUUGGAGGGUCUGGCAUUUUGGGCGGUGGUGGACAUUCAAUCGCUAGGAUCUCCCUGGAGACAGAUUCUAAUAGGUCAUCUAAAAUCACUUGUCAUAAAUGCGGAGAGCAGUUUACCAAAUGGGAAGCUGCUGAAAAUCACCAUCUCUCAAAACAUGCUGUCACUGAACUUGUGGAAGGUGACUUAUCAAGAAAGAUAGUUGAAAUAAUUUGCCGGACAAGUUGGUUAAAGAGCGAAAACCAUUGUGGUAGAAUUGAGAGAGUAUUGAAAGUUCACAAUAUGCAAAAAACUCUAGCUCGGUUUGAAGAAUAUAGAGAGAUGGUGAAAAUUAAGGCCAGCAAACUCCCUAAGAAACACCCUCGGUGUAUUGCUGAUGGAAACGAACUUUUGAGAUUCUACGGUACCACAGUUGCAUGCAAUCUCGGCCUAAACGGGUGCUCAAGUUUAUGUGUAUCUGAGAAAUGCUGUGUUUGUCGAAUUAUUAGAAAUGGGUUCUCUGCCAAGAAGGAGCUUAAAGGCGGAAUUGGUGUUUUCACAACUUCUACUAGCGGCAGAGCUUUUGAAUCUAUUGAAAUAUUUGAAGAAGACCCAUGUACAAGGAAAGCUUUGAUAGUGUGCAGAGUAAUAGCUGGAAGAGUUCAUAGGCCUCUGGAUAAUAUACAAGAAAUAUCAGGCCAAACAGGGUUUGAUUCAUUGGCAGGGAAAGUUGGUCUCUACUCAAAUAUUGAGGAGCUUUAUCUGCUAAAUCCUAGAGCUCUCCUUCCUUGCUUUGUGGUAAUCUGCAAACCCUGAAGAAAGUAAAAGAACUAUGAAUCCGUUUUUUAAUCUAUUGAUAGAAGAUUCUUUCAGUUUGAAUCUUCUGGUAGGAAGAUUUUGUUUCUCCUUCUCAUAAUCCUUCUGUCGCUUGUUGUUAUAUCAAUUUGUUUUGGCUUUUUUAUUAUUUUUUUUUAAGUGUAGUUGUAUUAUCCUUUAUUACAUUAGCAUAACUUAUGCUUCUGUAAUUUCUUACUCUACAUUCAAGUCUCGUUUAUCUUUUCCCUUUUUAAGC